CAGUUGGGGGCGGUAAUGCGCCAUGUCAGUGUUUGUCGACUGCUAUUAAAGCAUCAAGAAGAGGGAAAGGGCAACAACGAUAUUCAAGACACGACAACAGUGGUUAUGGAGGUGGACAAGAUGGAGACGAGAAUGCUGGAGUUCCAGGAGUCUGGGGAAAGGGUAGCAAACAAUGCAAAGACAGAAACGGAUGACGAAAGAGAUGAUGAUGAAAAUAUGUCAGAUUCCCCAUGUGAGUCUGUGCCCUCCACAAAUGUAACACCCAUCAAGGAAACACAAAUGGAGGAUGGUUCUGACUCUCUGUGUGGAAUAAAAAAAGCAGUGGUGGUCUUGACCCGACUCCCUGAUUAUAAGAUCAGCGCUCUGCGACCACCAACACCUCAGCAGUUUUACAGUGAAGAUGACUCCCUCAGCAGCUCUGAUUCUGAUAUGCAGUGGGAACCAGACGAUGAUUCGAGUGACUCUGAUUUUUCACUCUCCAACAAUAAAAAGAAAACUGGAAAACACGCCGCGACUGGCUCAGUGAGAAGUAGAAACAACAACAACAAUGUGCCAGAAACAGCCCCAGUAAUAAUAUCAGCGGCUUUUGCCCAUUGCUCCACUGAAACCACAAAGAAUCGUCCAAACUUGCCAGAAGAAGAGGUCAAAGUGGACAUGAUAGUCCUGGCCAGGAAGAGGUCCAUGCGAUGGCAACGGGCAAAAAUAGUGGAUAUAGUAACAAAGGAAGAUGGACGGUUGAAGUACAAAGUUAGUUAUGAUGAAAAGGGACGGAGCCUAGUGUCUGGCCAUCACAUCGCCUUUGAAACCACACCAAAGCUGGAGCAGCUGUAUGUCGGUGCUCGUGUUGUGGUCAGGUGUCCAGAUAACAAGUUCCGAUUCCGGCCCGGUGUUUUGGCAGAGCUUCCCAGCAGAAAGAACCGCUUAAGGUUCCUGGUUUUUAUGGAUGAUCACACGCCGGUCUAUGUUGGAUUACCUUUAUUUCGCCUGGUCUGCAAACCACUGGAAAAUGUUUUAGAUGACAUUCCAGACUGCCCUCACAAGUCUUUCAUGACGCAAUACCUGAAGGACUGGCCGUACCCACAUUUGACCCAGUACAGGGUUGGACAGAGUCUUAAUGUUGAAAUAAAUGGAGCCCGCCAGAGGUGUGAAGUGGAGUUGGUUGACAGCAGCUUGAUUCAGGUCGUUUUUCAGGAUAAUCAACAAAAGGAGUGGAUCUAUCGAGGCUCCAUGCGACUUGAACAGAUGACUAGGUUUUUGGAAAUGAAAGAAGCGGAAGAGCAGAGUGAUGAUUCUGACUAAAACCCUGCAGGCAAAGAUAGACUCAUAACGUGGCUCUGGAAUUUAAAAAAAAAAAAAAAUCACCCUGGUGAUGUACCAUUGGAUUUUUUUUUUUACUUGGUGGAUUAUUACAUUUUCAACUAAAGUUGUGCACUAUUAAAACAUAGUGAACAAUGAAAUGUGACUUUAUCAUUAAAAAAAACUUGGAAAACUUAUUUUAUUUGAUAAAACUUUUUUUACAGAGUGACAGACCAAGCCCAGAUUGCGAUUUAAAUGUUUCAUUUAAUGUAUACUGAAUUAAAUGCGAGGUGAUGUUUGUUGGAACAUUAUUACAAAAAAGGUGAGAGAAGGACCUUUUAUUGUUUUUUAUUUUGCUAAUUUGGAUGUUGAGUUUUAGGAAGCUGGAACGACAGUUGGACAUCACUAUAGAUGUCUUUUUCUGCAUAUAAAGAUGGUAUCUUCACUUCCUCCCACAAUACAAAGAGAGCUUUAGUUUGUCUAGCCGUCACACAUCCAAGGAGGGAUGUGGACCGGGCGGGUGAAGCAGGGGGCCCAGCUUGGCCUGCUGGUAAACUGGUACAGCGCGCAGAUCGGUCAGAGAAAUGUGCGCAACCGCUGGCAACGAAACAAUAUGCUUGAGAGCCCAGGAGCCUGGGAUGGUCAGUUUUUGGCACGACACCAGUAGCCCACUGCUAAGACAUGCUUUGGGCUCUCCGUUAGUGUAGAAACUCCCCGCUCCUGCUGCUGAACUGCGCAUGUGGGAGACACACAGAGAUUCUUCAAUUUAUAGUUAGAUUUUUAGUUAGAUAGAGGGGGUGGGAUUUUUUGACCUAAACUGCUGCCAGCCACCAGGCAGCGAUCGAGAUGUUGUGGUUUCACUUAUACUUGCCACAAAAGAUGUGUAGACUUUCUGCUGUCCUGAUGUCAAUGUUCCAUCACUGCAGAGCCAGGACAGCAAACAGUCAAGACUUUGUUGAGCUGUAUACGUUUUAAGCCUUGUAAUUGUCAAGCAAAAUCAUGUCAGUGAUUUAUAAUUAACUUUAGAGUGAACAGCUUUUCACUUUUCAUUAUUUUUCUCAUCUAGGCAGUGAUCCAUAUUUUCUCAACAUUAUCCAAUUUGAUUUUUGUUUAAUUGUUUUUUAUUGUUUGUCAUUCAAAAAAAUAUUAGUAAACAUUUUACAUUGUAUAUAAGCUUGACAUUUGCAAGUGUCCUCAGUUUCAUUUCCAGAGAUAAAAAAAAAAAUAAUCUAA